AUGGGUAAAGAAAAGCGUUUGCCAAAACCAGAGAGCAGUAAAAUGGGUGCUAAAAAGUCUAAGAAAUCACGUAAACAUAUAAAAGAAAAUUAUUUAGUAAAAAGAAAGAAAGAGCAAGAUCAAAAUCGCCCUCAAGCUCUAGUAGCUCAGGAGCUACUAGUAGUGAAGAUGAAAGUGAGGUGGAAGAUAAAUCAGUUAAAAGGAGAAGAGGUAGAUCGGUUAGUAAGAGGAAAGUUAAAUCAGGUAGUAGAGGUAGUGGUAG